GUCAUCGACCGCUUCCUCCCCCUUAUGUACUUCUACUUGACCGCGCCAGCGCAGGUGCCCGCGGCGCCCGCCCCCAUCAUACUUGGCGGAGGCGGCUGGGGCGGCUUCGUCAAGGAGCACUGCUACCCAGACGUGCUGCUGAAGGGCCUUGAGGCCGUGUGGAAGGCGUUCCAAGGCGUUGACGGGGCUACCAAAGCGGGGGGAGCACAGCAGCGAGAUGAUUGGCUGACUGGCGAGGGGUCGCUGAAGAGCGGAGGGCGCGACGAGUCGAUCCCCAGCUACCUCGACACAGGGCAGAGGGGUCUUCUAGGUCAGAACUCUGUCCUGGGUGUCGACGUAGGCAACGCCGCGGGCGACCACAGCGGGGUGGUGAUCCUGAACGUGAAGGGAGACGGGCUCAUGAACGAAUGGAACCAGCGGAACCCCACCAAGCAGCUGUGCCCCGGGAACGUCAUCGUCGAGGUCAACGGCACCCGCGGCGGCUACUGGGAGAUACUGCGGGAGAGCUCUGCGGGCCAGGGCGGCACGCCUUGCUCGUCCGGAAAGCGCUAG